AUGCUCGCCUGGAUGGGCGGCAAGCAGAGGCUGGUGGCCGCUGGCAAGCAGAAGACCAAGCAGCGCCGGGAGGGCGGCAGCACCACCAAGCCAGCGCCGGCCUGGAGCGUGCCUGGGCCUGCCACUGCUGCUGCUGCUGCGACCCACAAAAAGCGCCAGGUCGUGGCAGAGGAGGAGGUCCGGGCGGCGGCAGCGGCGGGGGAGCCGGCGGCGGCCGGCCCCUCGCGCCGCGCAGCUGGCGCAGCGGCGGCAGGCCAGCCGCGGCUGAAGCGCGUGAAGGCUGUGCCCCACUCCCUGGAUCUGGCUGCCCUGGCCAUGCCAGCCGAGUGGGAGGCUCCCCAGGCGGCGCCAGACACUGCCGAGGACCAAGCUGCUGAGCACCCACGGCAGCAGCAGCCGCUGCAGUCGCCCGUGCAGCACACGCCGGCCAGCAGCAGCACCGGAAGCCAGGCAUGA